GUUUCGAUGUUGGCUCUCAGGAUUUGUCUGUGCCUGCAGUGCCUCUCUGUUCCUAUGCAAGCACAGCCUUGGAAUCUAGCAGUAAACUGAUUUUUUUUUUCCCGCUCUACCCUUGGUGCAGUGACUGAAACCUGGUAGAGAGGGACUGUGGUUGGGUCUCUUGUGAGGAUUAAGCACCCCUUCCACUAGCCUGGGACACCUCCUGUGUUACAGAAUCUGCCUUCAGGUCAAGGAAUUUCCUCUAAUAUGUUGGAUAAAGCCAAGACCCUCCGGCCUGCCUAUGUUGGAAUUGUGCCGCUUGCAGAGACCGUGUCAAAGCAAGGGAAGAGCUGCUCAAGCACGUAUCAGGAGUCAUACCACAGCUUACGAGAAGUGCUGCAGUUGAAGCUCCAGCAGCGACGCACACGGGAGGAGCUGGUGAGCCAAGGGAUCAUGCCGCCUCUGAAAAGUCCAGCUGCAUUUCAUGAACAAAGAAGGAGUUUGGAGCGGGCCAGGACAGAGGACUAUCUGAAACGGAAAAUCCGGUCCCGGCCAGAGAGAUCAGAGCUGGUUAGGAUGCACAUUCUGGAAGAGACCUCAGCUGAACCCUCCUUGCAGGCCAAGCAGCUGAAGUUAAAGAGAGCCAGACUGGCAGAUGACCUCAAUGAGAAGAUAGCACAGAGGCCAGGUCCCAUGGAGCUGGUGGAGAAGAACAUCUUGCCUGUGGAAUCAAGCCUGAAGGAAGCCAUUAUUGUUGGACAGGUGAACUACCCAAAGGUUGCAGACAAUUCCUCCUUCGAUGAGGACAGCAGUGAUGCCCUCUCCCCAGAGCAGCCAGCCAGCCAUGAGUCGCAGGGGUCUGUCCCAUCACCGAUGGAUUCCCGGAUUUGUGAGCCUCUCCCUAACACCACUGGCACAUCAGUAGCUCAGGGUACAUCCCAAUUGCAGAUUAAUGCAGAUGCCAGUGAAACACUUUUCCUACCUGAACAGCCACCCCCACCUCUGCCACCUCCGCCUCUUCUGCCCCCUAGUCUUACAAAUGGAGCGGCUCUUACUGCUGCCAAGCCUCCACCAACACUCAUUAAGCAAAGCCAGCCCAAGUCUGCUAGUGAGAAGUCUCAGCGCAGUAAAAAAGCCAAGGAGUUGAAGCCGAAGGUCAAGAAGCUUAAAUAUCAUCAGUAUAUUCCCCCGGACCAAAAGCAGGACAAGGGAGCUCCUCCUAUGGAUUCAUCCUAUGCCAAAAUACUGCAGCAACAGCAGCUCUUUCUCCAGCUUCAGAUCCUCAACCAGCAGCAGCAGCACUACAACUAUCAGACCAUUCUGCCAGCCCCACCAAAGCCUCCAGGAGAGCAGCAGAGUGGUGCCAGUGCCCCUGCUGUGCGCAAUCUCUCUGCCACAGUCAGCAGCACAUCUUCAGUGUCCUCUGGUUCCGGUGGGCUCAUGCGACAGAACAGCAAUGCUGCAGUCGGCAAGCCUGGCCCCCUCCCUGCCAACCUGGAUGAGAUGAAGGUAGCAGAGCUGAAGCAAGAGCUGAAGUUGAGAGCCUUGCCUGUCUCGGGCACAAAGACAGACCUGAUUGAGCGUCUCAGAGCUUACCAAGAGCAGAACGGUGCAGCCAGCCAAACAACCCCCACUCCCAAGCCCAGCACAGCAGCUGUGCUUCCGAAAGCUGCCGAGGUGGUGGUAGCUUUCCCAGCUGCCAGGCUGAGCACAGGGCCAGCCCUGGUCACCACUGGCAUCUCACCAGCAGAAGUAGUAGUGGCCACAGUCACCGGUAGCGGCGUGAUGAAGUUUGGCAGCACAGGCUCAACACCUCCUGUUUCUCCAACUCCUUCUGAGCGCUCACAAAUGAGCACAGGGGAUGAGAACUCAGCCACUGGCGAUACCUUUGGAGAGAUGGUGACUUCUCCUCUGACCCAGCUCACUUUGCAGGCAUCUCCAGUGCAGUUUUUGGUGAAGGAAGAAGGCUCCAAGUCUGCCUCCUGCUGCAUAAACGUGACGCCCAAGUCAGAGUGGUGUAGCAGAGAUGCAGAAGUUAGGGACAAAGACCAGAUGCUGCAGGAGAAGGACAAGCAGAUCGAGGAACUCACCCGCAUGCUGAAGCAGAAGCAGCAGCUGGUUGAGAUGCUCAGACUACAGCUGGAGCAGGAGAAGCGCUCCCAGCAGUCGUUACUGGCCCCAAUGGCUGCGGGAGAAGGAGCAGUCCUUGCCUCCAACCCAGCAGCAUUUGACGUCAAGGUCAAGAGUGAAAACGGUUUCCUCAGCUGCCAGUCUGCAAAGCAAUCCAGUGGCCAAACAGACCAGUUCAGCCCUGCACCAACCACUAGCCAAAUGGACACUUUGAAUCCAAGCCUGGUGCCAAAGAAAGCCGUGAUGGUGAAGCAGGAGGUGCCAGCCACGGAAACAGAGCCACCGUGCCAGUCCCACAGCCCGCGGCUUUUCCUUGGCCCGCAGGGGAGUGCCCUGAGUGACCUCAUCAAGGGCACCCCUCCCCCCACCCUCAUUACUGACUCCACAGGGACCCACAUCGUCCUCACUGUGACCAAGCAGAGCACCGAGAGGCAGGGCCUCUCACUCCAUGGGAAGGCAGGGAGUAGCUGCCCGGCCUCACAGAGAGUACAAUCAUCGCCCUUGAAAGCUUCCAGCCAACCACCAUGUCAGCUACCUACGAGCAUCCCUCCGCAGCCCACACAGCAGCAGAAGCAGCCCCAGCAGCAGCCCAGAGGACUAAACCAAUCUAUCAAAAAGUCCUCAUCACAGCCUGGCUCUCCUGCUGCCCACUCUCCAUCCCAAAUGGAUCUAGAGCAGCAACAGCACACAGCGCUCUUUGGAAGUCCUCCACCUCCUCUCCCUGUUCCCUCGGCCCCAAUGAAAGAGCCACCAGGCUAUGAAGAGGCCGUGAAACAAGAGCCAAAGGCCCAGGAGAAUGGCUGCUCCAGCCAGCAGAUGGAUGACUUGUUUGACAUUCUCAUCGAAAGUGGAGAGAUUUCUGCUGACUUCAAGGAUCAGUCGUCUCCGGCUGGGAAAGAGCCGCCUGUGGCCCCAGUCUGCUCCCCGCCGCCCAGCAGCCACCAUUCCCCGGAGCUGGCAGUGCCAGUCUCCCUGGGGCAGCCUGUGCCCGUGGGCCGGCUGGAGGACUUCCUGGAGAGCAGCACUGGCCUCCCGCUGCUGACAGCAGGCCACGAAGGGCCGGAGCCCCUCUCCCUGAUUGAUGACCUCCACAGUGAGAUGCUGAGCAGCUCGGCCAUCCUGGACCACCCACCUUCACCUAUGGACACCUCAGAAUUGCACUUUGCUCAUGAGCCCUCCGGGGGCAUAGCCCUGGAUCUGGCUGAGGCUAACCUGGACAGCAUGGACUGGCUGGAGCUGCCAGGGGGGCCUGUCAUGAGCCUGGCUCCCCUUAGCACUGCAGCUCCCAGCCUCUUUUCCACAGACUUCCUUGAUGGACACGAUCUGCAGCUGCACUGGGAUUCUUGCUUGUAACUCUGUGAGCAGAGACUGAAGGGAAUGGGAGUGGGAGGGCACAGGCAUGCAGGGGGAAAAGGCCAGUCAACCAAAAAAAAAACCACAAGAAAAAGAACUGAGCUCCUGGUAUUUGUACUCCUCCCCCAACAGUGUCCUUCCUGCAUGGAGCUGGUGCUGCUGGCAAAGGCAGACCUGCUGCUUGAGUGGCAGGCUAGGCCAUGGCAGGGAGAACCACUGCUGGAGGGUAAGAAGAGGCUGUGUGAGCUCUGUGGCCUCCUACCCCCUCAGUGUGGCCUGACCCAGCUGGGGCAAGAACCCCGACCUCAGAAGAUGACAUCCCCUCCUCCUCCUCCGGGCUGGUGCAGCCAUGCCACACACAGGGCAUGGUGCAGCCAGGCACGAGUUCCCUCAGCGCAGGGCAGAGCAUGACUGGGCCCAAGCCCUUUCCAGAAGCAGCUCCCACACCUCACUGGGACUGGCACAUAAAGGGCAUUGUGGUGGUUUAACAGCUGCAGAAGGGGGUUCUACCUCUGAAGUGGGACACAAGGGCAGGAGUGCUGGUUGGGAGCCUGGCAUGGCUGCUCUCUGCACCACCUGCCAUCUGUCAGGGGAGGGUCUGAUCUGCCCCAGGGCUGUGAGGAGCUGGGCAGAACAGGCACCUUUCCAAACAUAGCCAAAGGGAACCAGGGUUCCCCACCAACCUGGCAAACAUGUCCAUGCUGGGUUCCCAAGUAUCGCUGCGCAUGGCAGAGCCCUGCCGCCCUGCUUCACUGCUUUGGGCUGCAGGAGAGAAUUUUAAGGUGCUAAAAUCCAGGUCCUUAUAUGUUAAAUCUGUCCUUCUGUGCCCCAGGCCUCUGGCUGUACCUCGAGGCGAGCCUUCGGGCACAGCCUUGUCCCAACUGCUACAUCACUUUUGGCCACCUCCAGGUGAGCAAGACAGCUUGCCUUGGUGGGGGCUAGGGCCAAGAAAGUGUCUGUGUGUCCUAGGGAGUAUGAGUGGCACAGCUAGCAACAAACAACAUAUCACAUGGGGCCAUGUGCAAUCUGUCUCCUGCCUUCAGCUGUGCUGGUGCCUCCCUGUAAACAGAUGCCCUGGUGGAAAGCAGCGGCUGGGGCUGUCACCCACCAGGCAGGGAAGGGGAAGUGGCACUGCAGAAGGGGUAUUUUGUGGCUCAGUAGUGCAACUGUGAAGGUCUCUUUCUGGGGAAAAGUAAUGGGCAGCUGACAUCUUCACUUCUCUCUAGCCUCAUGGGGUGAAAAACAACAUCAAAUGGCUGCCUACUGUCAGCUGCUGCCCUGUGUCCAGCCAGCUCCUGCCAUGCAGGUAGCUGCUGACUGAUGAGGGGGUAGGCAAGUAACAGAGCCCACAGAGCCACAGUGAUAGUGUUCUCUGAGCAGGGUUUUGGGUUGGAAACCCACACCUUGUGCUGUUACUCCUGGCACUUUUAGAUGCCUGUGUUUGGUAGCGGCAGAUCACCCCCCCCAACUUUCUCCCCCCAGCUCAGUUAGCAACGGCAGGGCUGGAGGCAGUGCCUUUUGGAAUCAUGCAGACUGAGGUGCUGGCCCUGCUCAGGCAAACACAAGGAUCAACUGCCUUCCUUUCCAAGAUCUCCUUGAGGAUGCUGUCUCCACCUUUCCCCUGUGCCAGGCUGCGGUGCUGCCUGCUGGGGAUGGGUAGUUGUGGGUGGGCUGCUCCCCUGCCCCUUUGGUUCUUGGUGGUGCUCUUAGUGGGGAGGCCUUGCUGCAAGGGUGCAUUGCCAGGCAGGUGAACAUGAGCCUGUUUUACAGCUGGGAGAAGCCUCUGUUUUUUCUGAGCCCUGUUUGCUUGUUAAUUAACUGCAUGGGGAGCCACUUUCUUAAUCAUUCACCGGGGGGGAGCCUGCUGGCAGCUUCCUUCCUUUCUGGCCCCUUCUCUCCCCUCUCACCCAGAGCUGGAAGCAAGUCAGUCUCGUCUCUGCCUCCCUCAGUGUCUGAGUUGGAGACAAUAUCCCCUCCCCACCUGCUUUCUGGUGCCCAAGCUGUAGUGUUUAGUCCUAAAAAAUGAGAAUACCUGAGACUGGUGGACUCUGGCUUCACCUUGCUGAGCCACCCCCACAUCUCUCCUGGUGUAGCCCUGGUGCUCACCAGGAGCAGAGUGCACCAGCAGUUGCCUUACAGAGCUGCCAUCAGCAUCUCCUAGGGCAGCUACGCAGCUCUGGGACCAGGUGGGCACAAGAGGCAAGAGGUUCCUUAGGGGGAAAGUAUGGGGGGGUGGAUAUAAGAACAUCUUUCAGAUUUGUCGAACUCAAGCGCAGUGAGCUGCUUCCAGCCCCCAGUGAGCAGUAACCUGCACACAAACCAGCUCGAGGAGUUAUUUUGUACAACUACAAAGCUGCAAUCAGCAAAUACAGAAUGAUAUUAUCAAAGUGCAGUGAGCUCUUAGAGGAAGGUGGGAGUGCUCCACCUGCAGCCUGGCCUGACCCAGCCCUGGCUCAGUGCACUGUGGGUCUGCCCACACUCUUGUUGGCAGAGAUGCCGAGGCCUGUUAAGGAUUUAGUCCUCUCCCAGGGCUGCUGGCGAAAGGCUGAGCUCAGAGAUGCUCUCUUUCACCUGUCUCACCCACGCUUCUUUGUGAAACUUUGCAGGAAUUUAAUUACAUUAAUUUGCAAAACGUAAUUGAAAUUGGCUGAUGUAGCCCAAAAUUGGCUGAUGUAGCCCAAAAUUGGCUGAUGUAGCCCAAAAUUGGCUGAUGAUGUAGCCCAGCUGACACAGAACCAUGAGCCUCACCUCCCGAGGAACCCAACUAGCCUGCCACAGCCCCUCCGCACACGGUGAUUCUGCCAGGAGAGCCAGCGACAGCUCUGUGCCACAGGGGCAGAGGGGAAGCUGGUUCCUCAUGGCAGAACAUACCAGAAAGUCCCUCCCCCAAGCAGUGCCCAGAGCAGGCAGGCCCAGUUUUCUGCUUUCUUACUAUUAUUUGUUUGAAUAAUAGUUCAAUAGUUCUUUGUUGGAAGAGGUUAUUCCCCUGGACAUACAUUUUUGCACCCUUUGGGGAGGGAGGGGGGGAAAAAAAGCAAAGUCUGAUGUUCUGCCUCUACCUUGAAUGUAAUCCUGAAUCUUUCUGCUGUAACCACUACUCGUUUGUAAGGUGUUUUUGACUAGCAGGCGCUCUCCCUUCCACUGUGCAGCAAAGGGCGAGGGGCGAUCGGCACCAUCAGACACAGAUGGUGUUGGGGCAGCGGAUCCAAGAGCGAGUAUUCAACUGGAAAAGGUUAAAAGUGACAAGUUAAUGGGGGGAGAGAAUGGAUCUUUAAAUUGAAUUAUUUUUUCAGUUACAAAUAUUUGAAAAGAAAAAAAAAAAAAGUUAAAAAAAAAAAAAGAAUUAAAAAAAAAUUAUCCAUUUUAUUAAAAAAAAAAUAAAUUUCCAAACAGCCACCUGCUCAAAAACUUUUCUGCUGUGCUGGUGGGAGGGCUUGGGUCUACUCUGCCUUUUCCAGCUAAGGGUGGGUGAUCUGUCUGGGUCUUUCUCAAAUCUGGAAAAAGAAAAAAAAAAAAAAAAAAGAAA